UAUCUAUAAAUGUGAAUCAAAUCUCGUAUUUUUAUUAAUUUAUUCACGGCAGAAAAAGAUGGAGCGAAAUUACGGGCGUGUGCGACAAUAUAUCAGUCAUUUCUCGGUUUUCCUAUUGUCCCAAAUCAAAAUCAAUCAUCGAGCCGAUAAUUGACGAAUAUCUCUCUCUUUCUCUCUCUCGGUGAAAUCACGUCACGAAACGGGGAGGAGGAUAAAGCGAGUCAGCAACCCCUACGGCAAAGAGACGUUUGCGCCUGCGUUCGUCUCUUCGUCACCAAGGGUGAAGUUGACGCGAGGGGGCGAGCGUGGGGAAACGAAGACGAGAACGUUUGUUAAAACGAGAGAAUGAUAUCCAUCGAAUAGAAAGAGAAAGAGAGAGGGACAUUGAACGCCGACACCGUGGCUUCGCAGUCUCCUCUCGUUCGCGCCGCGCAUGAAAACGCAUCGCUGAGCUUCCUUUUGCAUUUCUACGAGUGAGUCACAGCGAAGCGUCCGGUUCUAAUUUCCACGCUCAUUCACCGUAUACAUUUCCAAGUGCUAUACACUUGGUGCAACGUUCCUGUCAGCUUAUCACGGCGAAUGCGAGAUCCCUGAGGCAGCGCCUGAAAGACGUCGAAGGACAGCGAAGAGUCUCUUGCGUCCUGCUGAUUUGAAAGAACGAGGAAUCGAUAUGCGGCUCAGGGAAUCUGUCUCAAUUUCGGUACCGUUGCAUCCCGGAGGACUGAACAACAACCAGCUCCAUAGGCACGAGUCGAUCGGUGCCGGUGAGAUCGGCGGCGAUCGCAACGAGAACGCGACUCAGGAGCCGAUCACGCCGAAUUACCCGGUCGACGAGUCGGCGGACUUCCGGCUGGCCGAAGACACCACCACGUGGUCCUCCCUGGCGAUCGCGCGCGACAACGUCCAGCAAAACAAUCCACAGUCCAUCAACGUCAACAAUAAUCUUACCGAGGCAAAAAUACAGAGGAAUAGCUCCGUCGAGAGCCUCGCUGACUACGAGGGCACGAUCGAAGAGCAAUCCGCCAAUGUAAACAACAAUCUGACCGAAUCAAGGAUACGAAGGAACAGCUCCGUCGAGAGCCUCACCGAUUACGAAGGACGUAACUCUUCGCACGAGAACUCGUCGCGCGAAUUGACGCCUUCCGAGUGGUCCGACUGGUCCGAGGAAGGAAAUCUGCCUGCGGGUUGUCGCGGCAUCGUCAACCCCAACUAUCCUGGUUUCCAGCAUCUGGCGCCUUCCCUGCUGUCGGAUACCGACCUGACCGAGGACGAGCACGACAGCUGCUCCGACUAUCCGCCUCUUUACGGCGUUCAUCACCGCGAGGUAGCCCCGGAGAACGGCAACGAGUACAACAACAACGUCGACGACAGCAUCAAUCAUCUCUGCGGCCAGCGCAACGACCGCAAGAUCUUUUACGAGAAACCCAAGUUUAAUAUACAGACUGUGACCUCUCUGUACGAGUCGGUGGUGCCGCCUUCGGAAAAGUGCAUCAACUACGUGAAGAGUGUGGAGGUCUCUAGGUCCGAGAAGAAGGCACAAUCGCCAGAACCGGAGGAGGUCGUCGUGAACGGUAUCGUCGAGGCGGAGACCCACCUGACGCUCCUGGACGAACGGGAGGAGGGUCUGGCCGACCAGGUAAGCGAGCGCACGCCUGAACUGUCGCGGGCGAUUCUCGAGAACAAGCGUGAGAGGGAAGUACCCGUCGAGGUCGAGCUGGUGGAACUGACGACCAGUGUGAACGAGAGCCUGCAGUUUCCCGAGAUCGAGGAGAUCCUGGAUUCCGGAAAGACUAGCGAGAUCAGCGAGACAGAGGACGUCGCGGUGGAGCACAUCGACCUAAUACGCGAGGCAAAGGAGUUGCCUCACUUAGACCGGUCCAAAAUAGGCAAUCGUCAGCCGGUGACGACGACGUCGGCGGGCGGCUCGGCCGACGACGACGAGUCGGAGAGCAAUAGCGACUACUCUGAGGGCUUCGCCGAGGAGCGACCGACCUAUACAAAGCUGGAGGAAAUCGAUCUGUUGUCGAGCAUUGGUCGUGACAUCGGCGUCGACUUCGAGAAGUACGCUCAGCCGGUGCCGGACGUGGUCGCGAUGGAGUCGAUCGAGAGCAUACGUGGCGGUCAAUCGCGAUCCACCUCGGCCAUCAAGGAUCAUAUAGAGGAUACUAACAAGUUGUUAGACCGCGAGCUCCCGGAGGCGUCUAGCGCGGACGCUCGAAAGAAGGAGAAAAUGGUCAAAAAUCAGGCCAAGCGCCGUCAGCAACAGCAACAGCAGCAACAAUCGCGAAAUUCUAAUUCUCAAAGACGUACCGAUAAACGCAGGAGCGACAUCGAUAACGGAUCAGGCGGCUUCGACGUUUACAACAUCGAGACAGCAAUGCCAAAGAUCGAUCUCGACGCGAUCGAGUCGCACCUCAGAGCUGCUCGCGAGGAAGAACGUCGGCGACGAAACGAUCGUGAGGAAAUCAGAAGAAGACUCGCGAUGGGACCUGAUGCCGAAGAUUUGCGCGCCGAACGUGGACGAAAGCCAAGUCUUCAAUCGCGUCUCCAGAGUGGAAUGAAUCUUCAGAUUUGCUUCAUGAACGAGACAUCGUCGGAUACAGAGUCUCCGGGCUCGGAAAACGACGUAUCUCCCGGAUCCACACCCACGUCUCUAGGUUCGAAGCAGCUUAGCGGGAAGCAAUAUGCGCCGAUGAGGCCGCAGGUGUUGAGUCUUCCUUCUCUGAGACUCGAGGCGGGUGCGAAUUCCACGCCGCCUGUUGACGAGGCGGACUUCUUCGCACGGCAAGCUAGACUACAGACCGAAGCGCGAAUGGCUCUGGCACAAGCAAAGGAGAUGGCACACAUGCAGAUGGAAGUGGAAAGGCAAAGGCUGAAGCAGAGUCCCAUUACCGAGAUGGUGCGAUGCAGUUUGGAAAAAGUCGGUGUUCAAUUGGGAGAAGAUAGACGUAGGUUGUCCCGAGUUCUUCUCACAGAAUUAAAUGUCGCGCAACUGCAAGUAGUGGCGAACGAUUUACAUGCGAGAAUUGCUGCCUUGAACGAAGCGCUCGUUGAAGGACUUUUGAGGAGAGAUGAUUUGCACAUGGAACAGGAUUCGAUGCUCGUUGACGUGGAGGAUCUCACUCGAUACUUAGGUGCCAAGCAAGAAUCAUUGAAGAAAAAGCAACAAAGCAUGCAGCAGACGGCAAAUCGAAAUCAUCAGCAGUCCUCUUCAACUCCAACGAAAUUAUCUAUGAAGCCAAAGUUAACGCAUUUGAAUCGCGGUCUGGUUGCCCUUGUAAGAAAAUAAUCUUUCGUUACGAGACUACGCAGUCUCGUCGGAAAUGAAACUCCGAAUGGAGCAAAACACCACGAACAACUUUAGAGAUGCGAAGAAAUAAAAGGAGAAAAAAAAAGAAAUGAGAAAAAUCUUCCUUGAAAAAAGGAGACAAAAGAACCUUUUUCAGAAAGAUAAAAAAAAGAAUGCAAACUACUUUCUUCGCGGCAGAUGAGAAAAAAAAAGAUCUCCAUUGAAAAAGAAAAUGAAAGCUUUCUUGAGAAAACAAAUUUAAAAAUUUUCAAAAAUUGAAUGAUAUUAAAGGAAACCUUUCUUUGAAGAAAAGAUUCUUAAGAGUAAAAGAAUAAUUACUUUAGAGAUCGUGGUGCAUAUGUUCAAGAACUCUAAAAGACGUUGAACUUUGAUAAUAGUGGAAUCGUUCUCAUGAUAAAAGGAAAGUAGCACAUAUCUUUCCUAUGAGUUUCCAAGAAUUUUUACAGCUUCGUCAUUAACCACGUGGAAGUAGAGAUUUACAUAUGUGCAUAUCGCGCGUAAGCGAACAGAGCAACGAUCCUUCGUUUGUAUCCAAGAGAUUCUUCAACUCUAUCUCCUGCUCGUCUGUAUUCGCUCGGUCCCUAAGCUCACAAUAUGUCCCGCGACAUGCAUGUGUCUACGAGUGUAUUCGAUUAUUCGCCUUUAUAAAUAAUAGCGUAUCAUUAGCGAAAGCGGAUUCUUUCUCUGUUGUACAUAUAACGAAAAUUUAUAUCAUAUUAUUGCAGAGUAUCGAGAUUCCAUAUAAUGUUUAAAGAGCGCUUCGUUCCGAUUGUUCAUUAUAAAUCGUUCACGCGUGCGUUGAUGUGAUGUUAAUAUUUUGUAAAAUCGUAUCAAUUCAAUAUUGCAUAUGAAACAAUUUUAAAUCCAUUCCUAGAUUCCGAUAAUUCCACAAUUAUUCGGAUGUGUAUAUUCUUGCUUCAGUAGAUCUCUAGAUCCGCUAAUAAAAAACUAUCAGUUACUGAUUUCAUAAAUUCUUCACAUAUAAAUUCAUCGUUCCACUUGAUUCUCGAAUAUACAAGAUAUUAGUGAGACGGUAAACCAGUUUUUAUUUAUCGCGACGAAGAAAGUCAAUGUAAUUUCUUGAAUAACGCAACGCGUCUGUAAGGAAAAGUUCGAGGUAUAGAUAGAUAGAUAGAUAGGUGGAUAAACCUUUGAUAGAGAAAAAUGAUCGUCGAGAAUGAAAAACGCGUUACAUAUCUAAAUAAAUGAUCUAGUAUGAAAAAAAAGAAAAAACCGAUUAGUUCAUAUCUAGAGAAAUUAUGAAAAUUUAAUCGAAUAUAGAAAUAUUUGAUCAAACAUGCGUUCACGGAGAGUUUAGUUGUUUACUAUUAUUCGAAAACAGAUUUUUCGAAUUUGCUAUUAAAAAUUAUUCAUCUUCAUAUGGAUUAUUCGGUUCUUGCAUCGGAUUAUUUUUGCAUGUGGGUCUCAUACGAUCUCAUUCACACACGUAGGAUUUUUCAAAUGUAAUCGAAAUAAAUUUCAACAAAUCUAAAAAACUAAGUUAACUUCGUUUCUUAAAUCCCCGGUUCUCAUCCCUUUAAUACGUUACGAUAAAAAUAUUAUUUAUAAAACAAAAUAGAUUUAUUUUAAAUAAUAGAAUGAGAAUACUCAUACGUUAAAAUAUAUACGUAACAAUUGUAGCAAUUUGAAAAUAAUUCCAAUUUUUUAAUUUCUUUCUCUGCUUGAUUUCUAAAAUUAUUAAGAGAAUUGCUUGAAAAAUUACUAAGAGAAAUGAAUAAUAUAUACCACUUAUCAUCAUAGAUCUCUAAUCUUUGCGUGUGUUAUAAGAGAAAUGAAUUCUUCUUAGCAAUCUACUCCUUUGCUUUUUCGCAAAGGAGUAGAUUUAGAACAUAUUCAUUUCUCAAUACUGUUUUAAGAACUUUUCGGUUAUUUAAAGUGGAACAGUUUCAGCAAUGGGAGAGAUAUAACGAGUUUACCAUAUUAUAAUAAACAUAUUUAAGACAAUUCAAACCUACUCUCAAAUAAUGUUGUCAUAAAUUCGUCAUGCAGUCAUAAGGAAUCUCUGAUUAAUUCUACAAAACGUGCUCCAUUCGCCCACAAUUAAUCGAAAACGGGGGCAGCUUUUAAUCGAUUGUAGCAAUAUAUAAAUGAGAAAAAAAACGCCAAAAAAAAAGAUCGCCGAUAUUAAUAUGCGAUUAUCGCUAAUGCUCGAAAUCGCGCAAUCGGUGGUCAUAAAUGCAUCAUCAAAGAGAGCCGCAUAUUAUCUACAAAAUACUUUUAAUCGUAAUAUUAAUUAAUAAUAUACAGAUUGUAAAUAACUAAACAAUAAUAAAAUAUGCUGUAACAA